CUCAGUGCGGCCGCCGCGCCGCCGUCCGCCAACUCGGAAGCUCGCGCUCCCGGGCCGUGGGGGCGAGAACGCCGGCGGCGGCGAGCCGGCGUCGCCCGCCGCCCCCAGACAGUGGCAAACUUCGCGGCGUCCCCGGAGCUCGCCAGGACGAGACUGAUAUCUCACAAAUAAAAACCAGUCCAGUCCCCCCAUCCCAGCCCGAAUCAUGGAGGCUGUGGCCGCCGGAGUGCCGCCGCCGCCGCCGGCCCCUGCCCACUAGCCGGGGACCAACAGCGCCACAGCGAGCGAGCGAGGAGGGGGAGAGAGGGAGUCUGUCUGCAAAGUGCUGCUCCCUGGUGCUCAGAGGCGGCUGCUCCAGCUCCAACUCUCAUUCAUUUCGCCGGUUAACAUGAGAGAUCAUGGCCGCCUUCGGGCUUCUCAGCUAUGAGCAGAGACCGCUGAAACGCCCCCGGCUCGGGCCGCCCGACGUCUACCCGCAGGACCCCAAGCAGAAGGAGGAUGAACUUACUGCUGUGAAUGUGAAACAAGGCUUCAACAAUCAGCCAGCCUUUACUGGAGAUGAACAUGGCUCAGCCAGAAAUAUUGUAAUUAACCCAUCAAAGAUUGCAGCUUAUUUCAGCAGCAUAUUAGCUGAGAAACUAAAGCUUAACACUUUCCAGGACACCGGAAAGAAGAAACCACAAGUUAAUGCUAAAGAUAAUUACUGGCUGGUUACUGCUCGAUCCCAGAGUGCAAUUCAUAGUUGGUUCUCUGACUUAGCAGGAAAUAAACCACUUGCUAUUUUGGCAAAAAAGGAGCUGCCUCUGGCCAAGUCAGGUGUUCCUCAGGUUCCAAUCCUUAGUAAAAAAGAAGAUGUUUUUGCAUAUUUAGCUAAAUAUUCAGUGCCAAUGGUUCGAGCCACGUGGCUGAUCAAGAUGACGUGUGCCUAUUAUUCUGCUAUUUCUGAAGCUAAAAUUAAGAAACGUCAGGCUACUGAUCCUAAUUUGGAGUGGACACAAAUAUCUACCAGAUAUCUUCGAGAGCAGCUGGCCAAGAUUUCUGACUUUUACCACAUGGCUUCCAGCACAAGUGAUGGUCCUGUCCCGGUGCCACCAGAUGUGGAGCAAGCCAUGAAGCAAUGGGAAUACAACGAAAAGUUGGCAUUUCACAUGUUCCAGGAAGGAAUGCUAGAAAAACAUGAAUAUUUGACAUGGAUCUUGGAUGUGUUAGAGAAGAUCAGACCGAUGGAUGAUGACCUUCUUAAACUCUUGUUACCACUCAUGCUGCAGUAUUCGGACGAGUUUGUUCAGUCGGCUUACCUGUCUCGUCGUCUUGCCUACUUUUGUGCCCGGCGUCUUGCCUUGCUGCUGAGCGAUAGCCCCAGCCUCCUUGCUGCCCACUCGCCCCACAUGAUGAUAGGACCAAACAACUCAAGCAUCGGGGCCCCCAGCCCUGGCCCCCCUGGCCCCGUCAUGAGUCCCGUGCAGCUGGCCUUCUCAGACUUCCUCUCCUGUGCACAGCAUGGCCCCCUGGUUUAUGGACUUAGUUGUAUGUUGCAGACUGUCACUCUCUGUUGCCCAAGUGCCUUGGUGUGGAAUUAUUCCACAAACGACAAUAAGAGCGCGAACCCAGGCUCGCCCCUGGAUCUGCUGCAGGUGGCCCCCUCCAGUCUCCCCAUGCCGGGUGGGAACACAGCUUUCAAUCAGCAGGUUCGGGCAAGGAUUUAUGAGGUAGAACAGCAGAUAAAACAAAGAGGCCGUGCAGUGGAAGUUCGGUGGUCUUUUGACAAGUGCCAAGAGUCAACAGCAGGGGUGACCAUUAGUCGGGUUUUGCACACGUUGGAAGUGUUGGAUCGACAUUGUUUUGACCGAACUGAUUCCAGCAAUUCAAUGGAGACGCUUUAUCAUAAGAUUUUCUGGGCAAACCAAAACAAAGAUAACCAAGAGGUCGCCCCCAACGAUGAAGCUGUGGUGACCUUGCUGUGUGAAUGGGCGGUGAGCUGCAAACGGUCAGGCAAGCACAGGGCCAUGGCUGUGGCAAAACUCUUGGAGAAGAGGCAGGCGGAAAUUGAAGCAGAGAGAUGUGGUGAAUCAGAGGUCUUGGAUGAGAAGGAGUCCAUUUCUUCAGCCUCUCUUGCUGGAUCUAGUUUGCCUGUUUUCCAGAAUGUGCUACUAAGGUUUUUAGAUACACAGGCCCCCUCAUUAUCGGAUCCAAACAGUGAAUGUGAAAAAGUAGAAUUUGUGAAUUUGGUGCUGCUCUUCUGUGAGUUCAUCCGACACGAUGUCUUCUCCCAUGAUGCGUACAUGUGUACCCUCAUAUCUCGGGGAGACUUGUCAGUCAGCGCCUCGACUCGGCCGCGAUCGCCAGCAGGAGAAAAUGUAGAUGAGCACUAUCCAAAGGACCAUGACAUGAAAAUGGAGGAACAGACUAUUAUGGCGCAUAUGGGCAUUGACUCAGGAACUACUAAUAUUUUUGAUGAAGUAGACAAGAAUGACUUUAAAACUGACUUUGGUUCGGAGUUUCCAAUUUUUUCUCCCAUGCCUGGAGAAUCCUGUGAGAAUGCCAACCCUUCCUUGGGCAGAAGAAUGUCAGUUAAUGGUGAGAAGUUGCUUAAGAGAGAAAAACCCAGGGAGUUGAUUUUUCCAUCUAAUUAUGACCUUCUGCGGCACCUGCAGUAUGCAACACAUUUCCCCAUACCUCUGGAUGAAUCUUCAAGUCAUGAAUGUAACCAGCGCACAAUCCUGCUUUAUGGAGUGGGCAAAGAGCGUGAUGAAGCGAAGCAUCAGCUGAAGAAGAUUACCAAAGAUAUUUUGAAAAUCCUAAAUAAGAAGAGCACCACAGAGACAGGGGUUGGAGAUGAAGGACAAAAAACCAGGAAGAACAAACAGGAAGCAUUUCCAACUCUGGAGACUGUGUUCACAAAACUUCAGCUCCUUUCAUAUUUUGAUCAGCAUCAAGUGACAUCUCAGAUCUCCAAUAAUGUGCUGGAACAAAUCACAAGCUUUGCUUCAGGAACAUCCUAUCAUCUCCCUUUGGCUCACCAUAUUCAACUCAUCUUUGAUCUUAUGGAGCCAGCGCUGAACAUCAAUGGACUAAUUGACUUCGCAAUACAGCUGCUAAAUGAACUGAGUGUUGUGGAAGCCGAACUGCUCCUGAAAUCCUCCAGCCUGGCAGGAAGUUACACGACGGGACUGUGUGUGUGCAUUGUGGCUGUUCUCAGGCGGUACCAUAGUUGUCUGAUCCUGAAUCCUGAUCAGACAGCCCAGGUGUUUGAAGGGUUGUGUGGUGUGGUAAAGCAUGUUGUGAACCCCUCAGAAUGUUCUUCCCCCGAGAGAUGCAUCUUAGCCUACCUCUACGAUCUCUAUGUGUCAUGUAGCCACCUCAGAAGUAAAUUUGGAGACCUCUUCAGUAGUGCCUGUUCAAAAGUUAAGCAAACCAUAUAUAAUAAUGUGAUGCCUGCAAAUUCUAACUUGAGAUGGGAUCCGGACUUCAUGAUGGAUUUUAUUGAGAAUCCUUCAGCUCGUAGCAUCAAUUACUCAAUGCUGGGCAAGAUCCUUAGUGACAAUGCAGCCAAUCGCUACAGCUUCGUCUGUAACACGCUCAUGAAUGUAUGUAUGGGCCAUCAGGAUGCUGGAAGGAUUAACGACAUAGCCAAUUUCUCCUCUGAGCUGACAGCUUGCUGCACUGUUCUUAGUUCAGAAUGGCUGGGAGUUCUGAAGGCUCUUUGUUGUUCUUCAAAUCAUGUGUGGGGGUUUAAUGAUGUACUUUGCACUGUAGAUGUGAGUGACCUUUCAUUCCAUGAUUCAUUAGCUACUUUCAUUGCUAUUCUGAUAGCACGACAGUGUUUCUCCCUGGAGGACGUCGUGCAGCACGUCGCACUUCCCUCUCUCCUAGCAGCAGCUUGUGGAGAUGCAGAUGCUGAGCCGGGGGCGAGAAUGACAUGCCGACUCCUGCUUCAUCUCUUCCGAGCUCCCCAGGCCUGCUUGUUACCUCAAGCAACCGGUGAGCCGACAGCUAUAAAAUCCCCAACAGCAUGUUCAUUUGGAGGCAAACCUUUCCCUGGAAUAAGAUCAUCUUGUGACAGACAUCUCUUAGCCGCCGCUCACAAUAGCAUUGAAGUGGGAGCCGUGUUUGCUGUCUUAAAAGCAAUUAUGAUGCUUGGAGAUGCCAAAAUUGGCAAUAACAAUGUCAGCUCUUUAAAGAAUGAUGACUUCACCAUGAGAGGUUUACGGCGUGAUGGGAAUGCUGAUGAUAUCUGGACUGCUUCACAAAAUUCAAAAUCCUGUGGGAAAAGCAUUUCCAUAGAAACUGCCAAUUUAAGAGAAUAUGCUAGAUAUGUACUGAGGACUAUCUGUCAACAGGAAUGGGUAGGAGAACAUUGCCUAAAAGAACCUGAAAGAUUGUGCACAGACAAAGAGCUUAUAUUGGACCCUGUGCUUUCAAAUAUGCAAGCACAGAAAUUAUUGCAGCUUAUUUGUUAUCCUCAUGGUAUUAAAGAAUGUACGGAGGGCGACAAUCUGCAGAGACAGCACAUUAAGCGCAUUCUUCAGAAUCUUGAGCAGUGGACGCUGAGGCAGUCCUGGCUAGAACUUCAGUUAAUGAUCAAACAGUGCUUGAAGGACCCUGGCUCUGGUUCAGUGGCUGAGAUGAACAACUUACUGGACAAUAUUGCAAAGGCAACAAUAGAGGUAUUCCAGCAGUCUGCCGACUUGAACAAUAAUUCUUCUAAUUCUGGAAUGGGCCUCUUCAACCCAAAUGGGAUUGCAACUACUGAUGCUGGUAGCACAAGGCAGAAUGGAAUAAAGACAUUUCUAAGUUCCUCUGAACGCAGGGGUGUGUGGCUGGUGGCCCCCCUAAUUGCCAGGCUGCCGACCUCUGUGCAAGGAAGAGUAUUGAAAGCUGCAGGAGAGGAACUGGAGAAGGGACAGCACUUGGGCUCUUCUUCAAAAAAGGAAAGAGACAGACAAAAACAGAAAAGUAUGUCUCUUUUGAGUCAACAACCUUUCCUCUCACUGGUCCUUACCUGCCUUAAGGGACAAGAUGAACAACGGGAAGGCCUCCUAACAUCUCUUCAGAAUCAGGUUAAUCAGAUUUUAAGUAAUUGGAGAGAAGAACGAUACCAGGAUGACAUAAAAGCACGGCAGAUGAUGCAUGAAGCAUUGCAACUUCGCCUAAAUUUGGUAGGAGGAAUGUUUGACACGGUGCAGAGGAGCACCCAGUGGACAACAGACUGGGCCCUCCUCCUGCUUCAGAUCAUAACUUCUGGAACUGUUGACAUGCACACUAACAAUGAAUUAUUCACAACAGUUCUUGACAUGCUGGGUGUGUUAAUCAAUGGAACAUUAGCCUCAGACCUAUCAAAUGCAUCCCCAGGGGGAUCUGAAGAGAACAAACGUGCAUACAUGAAUUUAGUAAAGAAACUGAAGAAAGAGCUAGGAGACAAGAGAUCAGAAAGUAUUGACAAAGUUCGACAGUUGCUACCUUUGCCAAAACAGACAUGUGAUGUCAUUACUUGUGAACCUAUGGGUUCCUUGAUUGACACAAAGGGAAACAAAAUUGCUGGAUUCGACUCCAUAGAUAAAAAACAGGGUCUUCAGGUGUCUACAAAGCAGAAGGUGUCCCCAUGGGAUUUGUUUGAGGGUCAGAAGAACCCAGCUCCUCUGUCUUGGGCCUGGUUCGGGACUGUCCGAGUGGACCGAAAGGUGAUCAAGUACGAGGAGCAGCAUCACCUGCUGUUGUAUCACACACACCCCAUGCCCAAGCCCCGAAGUUACUACCUCGAACCGCUGCCCCUGCCUCCCGAGGAGGAAGAGGAGGAGCCCACAUCUCCCAUCUCUCAGGAACCAGAGCGGAAAUCAGCUGAGCUGUCAGAUCAGGGAAAAACCGCAACAGAUGAAGAGAAGAAAACAAAAGGAAGGAAGCGCAAGACGAAAUCAAGCUCAAGAGUUGACGAGUAUCCACAGAGCAACAUAUACCGAGUGCCUCCUAACUACUCACCCAUUUCCUCCCAGAUGAUGCACCAUCCGCAGUCCACCUUAUGGGGCUAUAACCUCAUGGGUCAGCCCCAGCAGCCGGGUUUUUUCCUUCAGAACCAAUCUCUUACUCCAGGUGGUUCUAGAUUGGACCCCACGGGCUCCUUCGUCCCAACGAAUACCAAACAAGCUCUGUCCAACAUGCUGCAGCGGCGCUCGGGGGCCAUGAUGCAGCCGCCGCCCCUCCACGCCAUCACAUCGCAGCAGCAGCUGAUACAGAUGAAGCUUCUGCAGCAGCAGCAGCAGCAGCGGCUUCUCCGGCAAGCCCAGGCCCGACCUUUCCAGCAGGACUUCUGUAACUCUGCUGUCUCCCUUCUGGAAGACUUUGACAACAUAAUGGGCCCGCCAGGGGACCAGGCUGCUCUCUUUGCUGCACAAGCACGGCCCUCCCCUCAGCUCCCCCAGUAUCCAGGGCUGCAGCAAGCACAGACCAUGCCCCAGGGCUAUACGAUGUAUGGAACGCAGAUGCCUUUGCAGCAGACCCCUCAGCAGCAGGCUGGUGGCGUGGUCCUGUCUCCUAGCUAUAACUCCAGGACCUAUCCGGCCACACAUUCCAACCCGGCGCUAAUGGAAAGACUCAGACAGAUGCAGCAGCAGCCCAGUGGCUAUGUUCAGCAGCAGGCGUCACCGUACCUGCAGCCCUUGACCAGCUCUCAGAGACUAAAUCAUCAGUCGCUUCAGCAGAGCCCUCUGGUAGGUGGAGGAAUCGAUGCAGUGCUCACUCCCACGCAUCCAAGCCUCCCCUCGGUGCCCCUGCCUCAGGACCCAAUGAGAACCAGACAGCCGCAGGUUCGACAGCAGCAGAGACUCCUCCAGAUGCAGCAGCCCCCCCAGCCCCAGCAGCCCCCGCAGCCCCAGAGUCAGACCCUUGGUCUCCAAGCGAUGCAGCCCCAGCAGCCUUUGUUUCCCAGGCAAGGCUUGCAGCAGACCCAGCAGCAGCAACAGACGGCCGCCCUGGUGCGGCAGCUCCAGAAGCAGCUUUCUAGUAACCAGCCACAGCAAGGAGUGACUCCCUAUGGGCAUCCAUCACACUUCUGAAUCUGGAAGAGGACAAGACCUAAAGUUUUAUGUUUGCACUGAAAAAUAGAAAAUCAGAUUUAAUGCAUCAGUCAUCUUUAGAAAUGUCCCUAUGUUCUUUUCUUUCUUUGAAGUUUUUCUAUAUUUUGUGCUACAUUUCAUAUAGAGGCUUUUAAACAAAGAGAGAAAAGGAGGAGGUGUGGUUUGGGGUUUUUUUUGUUACUUUCAACUUUAGGUAUAAAAAUGUGGAUCCUGCAGGCCUAUCCAAGGAAGAGCAUGGUAGCAGAUCUUUUGAAAUCGGUGCUUUUUUUUUUUUUUUUUUUGAAUCUCCUAGAAUGAAUUAUGGUGGAUUUAAAAUAUUCAUGUAUUCAUUAAGGAUGAAGGGUUUUUUUGUAGCUUGUUUUGUUUUGUUUUUUUCCCAAACUGCUGGACCAAACUACUGAUUUGAAAGGCAUGUCCAAUCUUGACAGGAGAGUAAUCCAUUUCUACUUUCACCUGUGAUGGUGAAAUGGACAUCUGUUUGCAUUGCUCCAAUUCGAAAUGUUUGUAAUUUCAUAAGCACUUUAUAAACUUCGUUCUUAUUUAUGUAGGAAUUUUCUUUGCUUUUGUUGUGGUCAAAAGGUGCUGAAACAGAUUGUUGCUUAGUACUUAAAUUUCUUAGAUCAAGAACUUAAACCCAGGCUUCUGUGAGAGCCACCCUGAGAUCUGUGGAAGCCUGUUAGAAGUAGCUGUACUCGAGUUUGUUUUCAGUUUCAAGAUCAUUGACCAGAGUCUUUGUGGAGGUACAACAUGUAAAAUUCUAAAGGCCCGAACAAGCCACAGUGGAAUUGUUCCCAUUAUUUAUUGCCAGAUUUGGCAAAAAGGACACUUGGUUCUCCUGAACCUUAUGCCAACUUGAGAACAAACAGUCUGGCCGCUGGCCUGAGAUUCCACAGCGCUCAAACUUGAUGUGGUUUCCAGAGAAUCUGGCCCCCAAGUCCAGAAGGCUCUGGUUUUCAUAAAGGUGUAUUCGCUGUUUAUUUUGUAUGGUAAGUAUUUGCUAUUUUGAAUUUAACUAUUAAUGUUGGUGUCAGUCUUGGUUGUGUAUUGCAUAUACUGUAUUUAUAAAUUGGUGCAAAAAGCACAAGUAAAUUAUACAUCAAAUUUAUUAUAAAGAAAUAGUAACUAUUUUAACUUUGUUCAAGUAUGUGGUAAUUUGCUCCUAUUAGAGUAAAAAAUACAGUAAAUUAUUAUCAGUUUGUGUAACUUAAGAGUAUUCCAUAUAAUAUUUUUUUAGAUUUAGAUGCAUAAAAUUUUGAAUGUGAAAAUUGCAGGGCAUUUUAAAACAUGUGGGGGAUAUUUUCCCAUGUUUUGUGUUAAUUCAUUUUCUUUUGCCAUAUGAUUUUACAUGUAAUGUAGUUGAGCAUACUGUGAAUAGACUUGUCUAUAAUGAGCAAACCACGUAGAACUACUUUUUUAAAACGUAGCUAGAACAACUUUAGAGCGUUUCUUUUGCAGAUCAUUAUAUAAAUAAUUUAUAUCUUCCUAGGUGAGUUACUCAUUGCAAAGUUUGACUCAUGCAAACGACCUCAAAUACAUGUCCGCUUACUUUGCUGUGGCAGCACCCAUGUGAACUGCUUUGUACACUGUGAAAUAAUUCACUCCAGCCUGCUCAUUUCAUGUUUACUCUGGGCUGGAAAAGACUUUGCCAAAACAUUAAAGACCAUUCUUUUCACUAAAUUAACAUAUUCUAUCUGCUUUCGGAAGACAGAUCUUUACAUUUCAACCGGUUUUGUAUAUCAGGUUUUGGGGGUUUUGUGCUUUUUUUUUUCCUCUUGAGAAUCAUACUUAGAUUUCAUGAAGUUAUUUUUCUUCAAAGUAAUAUAUCCAUAUAAUAAUUGCCUUGGCAAAACAACCGAAAUGUGAAUGUUGUGCCUAGUGAGUGAGUCGUGUUCCGUCCUGAUUUUCUUUUCAAGAAUUAUUGGUAUUUAAAAUGCCAAUUUUCAGUUUGAACCAUAUAUUUUUAUAGUUCAGUAUCGCAAACAGCAGUAAUAUUGUUUCAAGAAUGAGUGUUAUAAUUGCAUAGCAUUUGUAUGCACUUUAUGGUUUGCAUAAGUUAGUGAAAUUAAUUUAUUAAUAAUCAUUUUGCACAUGAAAGCUGUGGGGUAUACCUUUUUUCUCGUUGCGUCCUUUUCUUUUCAGGUGACAAAGCUAAGUUAUGGUGUAAUUCAGAUUCUAUAGAAGGUUGAGGAAAAACCUGGUUUACCCCUGUGCAUUAUAAAGAGAGCAACUGGAAUUUUUAAUCUAGUCUUAGCAUAUUUCCUUCCACUUAAUCCUAUAUCCUAAGGGGUUUCUUUUUUUUUUUUUUUUAGCAAAUGCAUUAAUUUGCAUUAAAAUCACAAGGGAAAGCCGUAUCCUUUGCCAGAACCUGGUGGUUUUGCUUUGUAAGAUAGGAAAUUAUCUUAGGAUAAGAUGGAGGACCCUCCCCCCGCCCGCCCCCCCCCCCCAGGCCUUGUAAAAAUAAGACUUUGAAAUCGGCCAUAAGAAUCCCUUGAAUAUACCUGUUUACACCAUACUCUCAUUCCUAAUAGCUUACAUUUGUCGUUUUAUUUACUCCUCUUGGCCCCGAAGUAGAGGAGGUCACAGGGAGAAUGAGUAUGUUUGACCUCCUGUGGCCACAGGGUACCAACAUCAGAGCUAGUAGCAAUCAGGCCCCCUCUUAUGUGGGGCCAGCUGAAAGUUGGUGUGAUGAAAACACAAUCAGCAGGGGCUAACAUAGUUCUUGGUUUUGUGUGCUGAGGUAUCUGAGCAAGACCUAUGGCAUAUCCUUUUUUUCCCCACUUAAAAUAAAUUAUGCUGGAAAAUCCCAGCCUCUAGAAUUAAAAAAAGAUGAAUCAUAAUGUUCCCCCAAAUCAAUUCACAUUGAAUUACAAAAAAGCAACAUUUAAUGUAGGUUUGAUCAAAUUUUAAGUACAAUGAAACUUUAUUAUAUGUAUUUAUGUCUUAGAUCGAGAUUUUUCCAUUUUCCUUUCCCCUAAAGGAUUAUCACUUAAUGAAAUAACUUGCUCCUUAAAGCAAUGGUUCCUCCUCAGAAUAUUUUCCUUAUAAAGCGUUCCAAACCAAGGAUGCCUGAGUUAGAUUUUGAAGUGAUAAAGAAGUUUUGUUGUAUUUUUGAAGGCUUUUUAAUUAGUUUAUCUCAGUAAAGAGGUAAUCAACCCCCCUUUUCACAUUUUAUGAAGUGUAGGUAUUAAGUUGCUUUUUACUUGUGGAAAAGUUAGGCUGCCUUUAUUUUAAAUGCAGUUAUGAAAACAUUUUUGUAUUCCCCAUCAAUGAAAAAUUUCAGUGUACACAAUAAUCAUAAUAAAAACAGUGCUUAUUUUCUCUAGGUUUUACUAAAAUAUUUCUAAACCAGCCACAAAAUAUCCACACAUCAAAAUGAUAAAUUUACAUCAAGACUGCAAAUUUAAUCUUUUCCAUUGUCUCUUCUUAGUGCCAUGCUUGUAACAUUGAUAGAAGGUGGACACUAGGCAGCUGGUAGUAAGAGAAAAAGUCCAUUCUUGAAUGAAGAAUUCAGAUACAUUAGCCAUUUUGUUAUUUUAUGGUGGACAGUUUUAACUUAAUGUUCAUUGUUAUUUGUUGGCAAAAUAAAAGUGCCUUAAGUUAAAAGUUUGUUUGGAGAUCAAUUAACAAAAUCACUAUCCGUCAUACUGCAUUUAUUUACAAGUCUUUUUUUUUUUUUUUUUUUGCAUGUCCAUUAUGAAUUUAAUAUUGUAAAUGUACUCAAAUUCAUUUACAUGCCUUUGGCUGCCUUUGAUUAAACUUCUUCCAAAAAAUAAACUCUGUCCAGGUGUUGA